AUGUGGCUGGAAAAGGGACUUGCCCUGAGCAUGAGUGCCCACCAUAGCACUGAGACUGAGCCCGGUGCCCACUGCCAGAACUAUGCCUCUCUAGGGAAAAGUUUUCCAACCUGGGUCCACAGAAGCUCACUGAUGAGCAGCAAGGAACGCAUGCACAGACACUUCCAAGUGCUCAAGCGCUGGUGUUGGGAGCUGUGUCAGUGUUCCCGGUAUCGGGGAGUGGUGUGGGGAGGGAAGCCUGUGCUGCCCCUCCUGGAGAGGCUCUUCAUGAGUGAGGAGGGCGGGGCCAUGGUUGAAGAACGGGUAAGAGUUCAUCUGGUAGACAUGGGAAGUAGAAGGCGCCGUUUUCUGGGGGAUGUUUCUUCUCACCGUCUGUCCAGGCUUAGUCUGGGGGAGCCCAGCGUGUGGAGGGGAGAAGGAGAGAGAAGGGCGUGCAUCAGGGGAGCCCAGCGUGUGGAGGGGAGAAGGAGAGAGAAGGGCGUGCGUCAGGGGAGCCCAGCGUGUAGAGGGGAGAAGGAGCCUCCAGGGUCUGCCGUGCCCGGGGCCCAUGCAGCCGUGGCAGGUGGCCGGCAUCUCACCUUCCUGUACUUUUUGUCCUUCCAGGUGCUGCUGUCCGGACUCAUAGGUGUCGUCUCCUGGAAGAGGCCUCUCUCCCUCGUGAUAACCUUUUUCAUGCUGCUUUCUGCAGUGUGUGUAAUGCUGAAUUUGGCUGGUUCAAUUCUCUCUUGUCAGAAUGCUCAGCUAGUCAACUCCCUAGAAGGCUGCCAGCUGAUUAAGUUUGACAGUGUGGAGGUGUGUGUCUGCUGUGAGCUGCAGCACCAGUCGUCCGGCUGCAGCAACCUCGGGGAGACGCUGAAGCUGAACCCGCUGCAGGAGAACUGCAACGCUGUGAGGCUGACCUUGAAGGAUCUCCUCUUCAGCGUGUGCGCCCUCAACGUCCUGUCCACCAUCGUGUGUGCGCUGGCCACAGCCAUGUGCUGUAUGCAGAUGGUCUCCUCUGACGUCCUGCAGAUGUUCCUUCCGCAGAGGUCACAUCCGGCCAACCCCGCCUGCGUGACUCCUCAUGGCACCGUUCUCCACCAGACCCUGGAUUUCGAUGAGUUCAUCCCCCCACUCCCGCCUCCACCCUAUUACCCGCCAGAGUAUACCUGCACACCGUCCGCCGAGGCCCAGAGGGGCCUCCACCUGGACUUUGCUCCGUCUCCAUUCAGCACUUUGUAUGACGAGGCCAUCAACAGCCCUGGCCUGCUGUAUCCUGCUGAGCUCCCCCCUCCCUAUGAGGCGGUGGUGGGCCAGCCUCCUCCCAGCCAGGUUACAAGUGUAGAUCAACAGGUGGCCGAGUCCAGCUCCGGGGACCCAAACACCAGUGCUGGCUUCAGCACUCCAGUACCAGCCGACAGCACGAGCCUCCUGGUGUCUGAGGGCACUGCUACGCCAGGUUCCAGCCCAUCCCCCGAUGGCCCUGUGGGCGCCUCAGCACCCUCCGAAUCUGCCCUUCACCCUGGCUGCGUGUCUCCAGAGGAUCCUGGCAUGGGCUCGCAGGUGCAGCCAGGUCCCGGGCGUGUAUCCCGCUCUACCAGUGACCCCACCUCGUGCACAUCUGGCAUGGCAGGCGAUGCCUCUUCACACAAGCCAUUGUGUAGCCAGGACCUGGACGCAGGGCUGUCUGAGGCUGUGCCGGGGAGCGCUUCCAUGUCUCGCUCUGCCACGGCUGCCUGUCGGGCCCAGCUUUCACCAGCGGGGGACCCAGAUACCUGGAAAAUUGACGGACGGCCAACACCGGAGCCUUUCCCGGCAGCCUCCAAACAGCGGCCGCGCUCUUCAGUGGACAGCAAGGCCUAUGCGGACUCCAGGGUUUUGGUGGCUAAGUUUUUGGAACACUCACACUGUGCCCUCCCCACCGAGGCACAGCACAUGGUGGGUGCCGUGCGCUUGGCCGUCGCCAACGAGGAGCGCCCCGAGGAGGAGGCCGUCUUCGGCGCUGGCGUUCUGGACCAGGUAUGAAGGAGCCACGAGUCUGAUCGUGGACACCAACGGGCCUGGCGCCACCGAUGGUCUUGCCAGAAACCGUCAUGCCUGACAGAGGCCUUCAGGCCCAGCUGGGCUGAGGACAAAUGUGGGGGACACCCAGGAUGAUCUGGGGGCGGCGUGGGCAGGGAACUGUCACUCCCUCUCUCGAGGGGAGCCGAGCGGUCGUCUCCCUGUGGACUGCGUUUCCUGCCUAGCCCAGUAACUGGGAAAGAUGACUCUCGUGUCCGCAGUGAACUCUGGUUUUAUCUGGCGUGCAGCGCCUUGAACUGAGCAGCGUUGCACAAACGUGAAUACAGCAACAGGCGACACUUAGGUCACCUAAAGACUCGAAGUAUCUCCAAAAUCAGGGCCAUCCAAAGCAGGAGUUCCCCAUCCCUCAUUUAACUUAGUGUUCAGGGGACAGAGGGUGACAUCGAGUCAUGAGACAUUUUCUCAUGUGGCUCGAUGGCUCUAUCAUUAAACGUUCAUCACGCUCUGGCCUAUUUCCUCUGAAAGGAAAUAGGUAGCGUUAGCACAGAUGGCAGCCUGCGCCCAACUUUCUGUCCGCAGGGCUACUGUGCAAACAAAUGUACAGUGAGGGCCUCUGCCGUAGCCUGGCCACCCCAGGGGACAGGCCGGUGUUGCAGAGGGUUGGAGGAACCCACCGUCUUCUGGGCCUCGAGCUCGGCCUCCCUCCGUGGGGUGCCUCCCCCACCUCCUCUCAGGCCCCCUUUCUCCAGGCUCCCGUCCUGUCCCUGGCGCAGACCUGAUUCGGUUGUUUGAUCCAUAACAAUAAGCGCCGAUUCCCAGCUCCUCUGGGGGUCUCCCUGUGUCUGAGCUCACCUGAUUGAGCUCAGUGGGUCCAGUUCUGAGGGAGAGAGGCCGGUUUCUCUGGGAAGUGGCCCCUUCCGAUAAAGCAGAUCGCUGUGACCCAGAGCUGACCUUCCCCCGAGCAGGCGGCAGCAGACAGACAGACACGCCCGCGCAGGAGGAUCAUAAACCACCUACAAACCCACGCGAAACGGAAGAGACACCCGCCAUGCUGCUUGUGCAGAAGCAGGCAUGCCCAGC